ACUCUAGAUGUUAUAAAAAAAAUGUUGAAUUUUCUCAACGAACUGAGCGACAAACUCGUUGCCUUGCAUGCCAAAGUUACGUGCUUGUUGCAUUGUGUCACUGAAUUUUCUCCAAAGGUCUUGUCUUGUACGUAUUUCGUUUUAAUUCAGAAGUGUUGCAUCAUUACAUGUAAGCAAUGCAAAAUCUAUAAAUAGGCGAGGCAGCAAACCAUCCUAUUGCAUUGCCCUCCCGAAAAACAUGAGAUGAGUAAAAAUUCCUGCCCCUAAUCCUCCACAAACUGUUGUCCCAAGCACCAAGCAAAUUCUGGGGUACCAGAAGAAAGCAACAAGAAAAAAAAGGAAAAACAAAAACUACCCAAGUGAAGAAAUUGAAAAAUUGUUGCCGGAUAGGUGACAUUUGAGCAGGGGAAGAGGAACCCAUUUGAAUCAGUGAGUUGCAGAUCACUGCAAACAAUGUCUGACAAUGGAGACCCUGAGAAAAAAGGCGGGGUCUGGGAUUUGGAUAAGCAGCUUGACCAGCCAAUGGACGAGGAGGCUAAAACGGUCAGAAAUGUGUACGGGGACCAGACGUAUUGUUCAGUGGGAACGGUUCUACAGCUUGCAUUUCAAAGUCUUGGUGUGGUCUAUGGAGAUUUGGGCACAUCCCCUUUGUAUGUUUUCAAAAAUAUAUUUCCUGCAGGAAUCGAUGCCCCGGAAGAUUUACUCGGAGCUUUAUCGGUCAUCAUAUAUUCCCUCACUCUUAUCGUACUCGUGAAGUAUGUUCUUAUUGUCUGUAGAGCGAAUGACAACGGUCAAGGUGGAACAUUUGCUCUUUAUUCAUUACUUUGUCGACAUGCAAAAAUAAAGACCGUUCCUAACCAAGACCAAAGUGAUGAGGAGCUAACAACAUUUAGCCGUUCUACAUUUGGUGAGAAAUCAUUUUCUGAAUGCACCAAGCGAUGGUUGGAAGGACACGCAGUCAUGCGGAACAUACUUCUUAUUCUUGUCCUGGUUGGCUCUUGCGCUGUGAUAGGGGAUGGGAUUCUUACUCCAGCCAUAUCAGUUCUGUCAGCGGUCGGUGGGAUCAAUGUGGGACGGUCCCAGAUUAGUAAUGACGUAGUUGUACUUGUUUCUGUUGUUAUACUGGUACUUUUGUUUAUCGUGCAACAAUUUGGUCCGGAGAAAGUUGGUUGGCUGUUUGCACCAGUUGUGCUCCUUUGGUUUCUCGUAAUUGGAGGAAUCGGCAUCUUCAACAUCUGGAAAUAUGACACUAGCGUUUUGAAAGCUUUUUCACCCAUGUAUGUGUAUGUAUACUUUAAGAAGGGAGGUAUAACUGGGUGGGCAUCGCUUGGUGGUAUCGUGCUUUGUAUAAACGGAACGGAAACACUUUUUGCUGAUGUAUCGCAUUUCCCAGUCCUGUCCAUACAGAUUGCUUUCACUGUUGUUGUAUUUCCUUGCCUUCUUUUAGCCUACUCUGGUCAAGCUGCCUACCUCAUGAAAAACCGAGAUCACGUAAUAGAUGCUUUUCAUUACUCUAUUCCAGAGCACAUAUACUGGCCUGUGUUUGCGGUUGCAACUGCUGCUGCUAUUGUUGCAAGUCAGGCCAUCAUAACCGCCACUUUUUCGUUAGUCAAGCAGGCCCUUGCGCUUGGCUGUUUCCCAAGAGUCAAAGUUGUAUAUACAUCGAGGAACCGUCAUCAAAUAUAUAUUCCGGAGAUUAAUUGGAUUCUUAUGAUUCUCUGCAUCUUAAUAACAGUUCGAUUUAGAAAUCAAGCUGAAAUUGGGAACGCUGCCGGGACGGCGGUUGUUAUAGUCAUGUUGGUAACCACAUUUCUGAUGAUGUUAGUGAUGAUAUUAGUUUGGCGCUGCCAUUGGACUCUCGUACUUAUCUUCAGUGUCUUAACAUUUGUGGUGGAGGGCACUUACCUUUCGGCUGUACUCCCCAAGGUCAAUCAAGGAGGCUGGGUUCCUCUUGUGCUUACACUGGCCUUCUUUAUCGUCAUGUAUGGUUGGCAUUACGGUACAGAAAUACGCUAUGACAUUGAGAUGCACAGCAAGGUGUCGAUGGCAUGGCUGCUUGGACUUGGUCCCAGUUUAGGACUGGUUCGGGUACCUGGGAUAGGCCUUGUGUACUCUGAGAUAGCGACUGGAGUCCCCCGCAUCUUCUCUCACUUUAUCACCAACCUGCCCGCCAUCCAUUCUGUUGUCGUGUUUGUCUGCGUGAAGUACCUUCCUGUCUGCACAGUCCCAGAAGAAGAACGGUUCCUUGUUAAGCGGAUUGGACCCGAAAACUUCCACAUGUUCCGUUGUGUUGUAAGAUAUGGCUACAAGGACGACCACAAUAGGGACGACGAAUUUGAGAAAAAGCUCUUUGACAAUCUCUUCACAUUCGUCCGGCUUGAGUCCCUGAUGGAAGGAUCUCCAGGCUCUGAUGUAUCUAGUAUACUCAACCAGGACGCCAUGUGGAACAACCACAGCAGCAGCAUACCUUACUCGAAUGCAGACCUGUCGAUUACAUCUGUAGACUCCAUCGAACCUGAUGAUUCUCCGGUGCAUAUCGGCCAGAGUUUGGCCUACUCCUCUGUCCCGCCGAGCAAGCAGCUGGUGGAGCUCGACGGGAUAGAGUUCUUGAACCGGUGUAGAGAUGCAGGAGUGGUGCACAUACUUGGGAACACUGUGGUACACGCUAGGGGGGGAUCAAAUUUUUUUAGGAAGGUGGCGAUUGAUUACCUGUAUGCAUUUCUUAGGAAGAUUUGCAGAGGGAACAGUGUGUUGUUCAAUGUUCCUCAUGAGAGUCUCUUGAGCGUUGGACAGAUUUUCUAUGUGUGAAACUUUUUUGAUAGUAUAAUUAACAAUUGGUAAUCGGUAAAUCAUCUUCUGCCUUCUCCAUUA